CGCUUCAGAACAUCUGCGCAGAGAGAGAGAGAGAGAGAGAGAGAGAGAGAGAGAGAGAGAGAUGGGAAUAAGGUUCGUAUUGAUGGUGAACAAGCAAGGCCAGACGCGUCUGGCUCAGUACUACGAAUGGCUCACUCUCGAGGAACGUCGCGCUCUCGAAGGCGAGAUCGUCCGCAAAUGCCUCGCCCGCAACGAUCAACAGUGUUCCUUCGUCGAGCAUCGCAACUACAAAAUUGUCUACAGACGCUAUGCUUCUUUGUUUUUCCUAGUCGGGGUCGAUGAUGAAGAAAAUGAGCUAGCAAUUCUCGAGUUCAUACAUCUUUUGGUCGAGACCAUGGACAGGCAUUUUGGCAAUGUGUGUGAACUUGACAUCAUGUUCCAUCUGGAGAAAGCUCAUUUCAUGCUCGAGGAAAUGGUCAUGAACGGAUGCAUCGUCGAGACAAGCAAAUCCAACAUCCUCUCACCGAUUCAGCUCAUGGACAAAACCUCUUGAAAACAAGAGGUACGCCAAUUAUUUCAGCACGCCUUUUUAAUCGUCUGUAUAUUCGCUCUUUGCAAGACGAAAAAACGGGUUUUUCUAUUAAUGCCAGUCAAGCUACGGCUAGUUACCGUGAAAAUGACCCUCGAAUAGUUUCCGUUUCUUACAAUCUGUUCCAUUUGAACGAUAAAUCUGAAUACUACCAUGGCUCUUGCAUAUA